AUGUCUACUACUAGGCUGAGCCGCAAGGCUGCACCGCCGGUGCCCCUCGUCGACUGCGCCUGCUCGUACACCGAGGCCUCCUACGGCCAUCUUUCAUCCCAGCACCAACGCUUCGUUGCGCUCUACACCGCGUGCAUCCUCUACAUCGACGACCUCGGUGGCCAGCAGCUCGAACCAGUGUGCCAGUUCGCCAGCAGACUCGCCGGUGGACAGCCGCAGCUCACCCGCGCGCUUGAAACCCUCGCGGGGCUCCUCAAGGAGGUGCACACGCUAUGGCCGGCCUACGGGGCGGAUGCGAUCAUCAGCGGCACGCUGGACGCCGUCUCGGGCAUGUAUCUGGAGUAUACGACCCAGGAGAUGGAGCCGAACCCGAUCGCUACUUGGUGGCCAAUGUACCUCAGGACGAGAACUGGCAUCAACGCUCCGUACAUCCACUUCAUGUUCAUGAAAGGCUUUAGAGACACACCGGAGACGUACCUCCAGAUUCUGCCUCUCUCGUUCUACAAGGAGGAGCUCGCGGGAGAAACGAAGAACUACAUCCAUAUCCGCGCACAGACGGAAGGUCGAACUGCCAUAGAAGUGCUACGUCUUCUUGCUCAAGAGAUACUGGAGAGCCAUCGUCGGGUCAGUCUCGCAUUCGCCAACGAUGAGGAGCUGAGCGCGCUGUGGCUUCGCUAUGUGGAGAAAUUCCUCGAGUUCCACGUCCAUCAGCCACGCUACAAACUCGAGAAGCUGCUUCUCUAA